AGAGGCGCGCACACAUGCGCACCCGCGCACCCGCAUUCACCCCAUCGUCCGGGGAAUCUGGGAGGGAGCCGGCGGCGGCUGCGGGGGCUGGGCCGGACCAGGAGGCGGCCCUGCCCGCGACGCUGGCGCUCCGGACUCUGCCCGCCGGGCCAGGGCGGUGGCGGCAGCGGGAGGGCGACGUGGAGCGGCCACGUGGAGCAUCCCGUGGGAGGGCUCCCGCGCGCAGCCUCGAGCCACCACCCAGCGCCCCGGCCCGCGAGCCAGUGACAAGAAUGAUGUCGCCUUUGAUGAGACUCUUAGCGCUGCUGUUCCUGCCACUGGGCCAGGCUGCUCCCAAGGAGGGAGCUAUGAGGAGGCCCGACCCUGAAGAGCAGCAUCAGCCUCUGCCCAACCCCUUCCAGCCCGGCCAGGAGCGGCUCCGGCUCCUGCAGCGCUACCUGAAGGGCCUGGAGCGCAUGGACGAGGAGCCGGAGCACAUGAGCCGCGAGCAGGUCCUCCUCUACCUCGUUGCCCUCCACGACUAUGACCAGAGCGGCCAGCUGGACGGCCUGGAGCUGCUGUCCAUGCUGAUGGCAGCGCUGGCCCCGGGAGCUGCCGACGCCCCGACUCCCGACCCGGUGAUCCUGGUUGUGGACCAGGUGCUGGAGACCCAGGACCUGAACGGGGACGGGCUGAUGACCCCCGCGGAGCUCAUCAACUUCCCAGGAGAGACCCCGAGGCACACAGAACCCCAGGAGCCCCACGCGGGGGGCAAGCAACCCCUUUUCACUGAGAGCCCCCCGAGACAAGGGGUGCAGGAAGCCCAGGUGCCCGGAGAACAGGCCAGGGGACAGGCAGAAGCUGAAGGAGGGCCCCCAGACCCAGAAGGGGGUGCUGGGGGCCACCCAGAGGCCGGAGGACCCCCAAGCCAGGAAUUGAGGGCUGGGGACCAUGCAGAGGCUGAAGAAACCCCCAGCCCAGAUGGUGGGGCAGGGGGCCGCGCAGAGGCUGAAGAAGGACCCCCAAGUCCAGGAGGGGAGGCUGGGGGCUAUGCAGAGGCUGAAGGACCCCCAAGCCUGGGAGGGGAGGCUGGGGGCUAUGCAGAAGCCGAAGGACCCCCAAGCCUGGGAGGGGAGGCUGGGGGCUAUGCAGAGGCUGGAGGACCCCCAAGCCUGGAGGAGGGGCCCGGGGCACAAGAAGAGGUCUUGGACGCUAGAGGGGAAGCAGAAGAGCUUCCGGGGGGCGCCCUGGCACCCAGAGGCAUUCCAGAAGAGGUUGAGGUGCACGACAUCGAGCUGGAGAACGACGAGAUGUAAACCUGAGGGGUCGGGCACCUGAGCCUCAGAGCCGAGGGCCGGCAGGGACCGUCUCCGUGUCCCCGUCCUGGCACCCAGGGGGAACUGCUCGGGGAGACAUCCCAGGGGCAGGAUGAGACGUCCCCAAGUCACGGGGCGGCGUCCCAGCCACCAGUCAAUAAAGAACUGAGUGAACUCAGGCCCCGCCAGCGUCCUCCGAGGCCCCUCUCCGGGGAGCUGGGACUCGGGAUCCCCAGUGGGUGCUGAGACCCACAGAGCUCAGGACCACCGCCCGCGGCAGGGGGAGCGAGGGGGACCCGAAUCCCCAUCACCCUCCCUCGGCCGCGCGGGGAUGAGCCCCGUCGUCAGACAGAUGAUGCAACCGCGGGGACCAAGGUCAGUCACAGACCCGCCUGACACGGCCACUUAAGCGGCAGGUUUAAAUCUGGAUCCCUCCCCUCUGGGCUAGAACAAUAGGGGGCUUAAGGCGCCCCUGGCAUAGGGUACCCGAGCAUUGCCCAGAGUCACUCCUUAGCCCAGAGCCAGGACUAAGCCCUGGGCAUGUCUGCUGUGUCCAAACGCCCCUCCCCCCCCAAUAAAAGGACUUCUUACUUCCUAUAACCCCUCCCGCG